ACGGUCCUUUUAUACCUCAAUUGAAAGAACCACAACACCACGUUACACAUCCUGUAGUGUGUUCGUAAAGCAGCACUGAAUAGCGUUCGGUUGCAACUUGCCUCUUUCUUUGAAGAUGGCGCGAAAGCAUGCAUUCCGUUUAGUCUUUGCAUUUCAGAUCUAAGCCUGAAGAAAUGUCGAUGUUCGCCGGGAAUGAAUAGGGUUUGACUAGCUCAGGCCUCAUCCUGAGCACUGCCAGGUCGGCCUCUAGGGGUCGGUGACGGGACCGUACCCCAGCUGCACCCAACAUGACUCCCAGGACCUCCACCAUGAUCCCAACCAUGAAGCAGUGGAGGCAGCUGGUUCUGGUGGUGAUGCUGGCCUGGCUCCUCAUCUUCCUGGCCCUGCUCUCCCACUUCCUGGACCCCCGGGAUGUGGAUCUCCGCUCGCCCUCCUCGCUCACCCACACCGAGACCCGCCGUCUGGCCUCCAUCCAGGGUAGUACAUCGGGCAUCAGGGCUUCUCCUCUUGGGGUGUCAUCCUCAUCUUCCCCCGCCAACCAGGAUCCCAGCCACAGCCGACAAGGAAAACAGGAGGCCCUGGAGCUGAGCCAGAAUGGUGACUCGGUGGUCUGGAAAAAGGUGAGCGACCAGGAGGAGGGGGUGGAUCAGGAAAGGGAAGAGAAGAUAAGGAGGGAGAGACUGAGAAGGAGGAGGAGGAAAGGGAGCAUGUCCAGGGCUGAGCAGCGGGGCAGAGACGGCUACUAUUUAUCCCAGUCCAAGGCAGUGGUCCAGCAGCUGCGAAGGGGCAUUGCCUCAGUGGGAAUGCUCGCUCCACACCUGCAGAAGUCCAUGAGGGACUACCUGAAUCUCAACAGGCACCAUGUGGCCUACAGGGGGCUGCGCAAGGGUAGGCAGAGCGGGAGGGAGGUACUCUGUGAACUGAAGGAGCAGGCCAGGUUGAGGACACUGGAUGGGACAGAGCAACCCUUCUCUGGGCUGGCCUGGGACAGGCUAGUGCCCACACGACCUCUGGAGCAGCUUUGGGGCCAGGGGUCAAAGUUCAAGUCGUGUGCGGUGGUCACCUCGGCCGGGGCUAUCCUCAACUCUUCCCUAGGGAGAGAAAUUGAUUCCCAUGAGGCUGUGCUUCGCUUCAACGCUGCUCCUACAGAGGGCUAUGAGAAUGACGUGGGCAACAAGACCACCAUCCGCAUCAUCAACUCUCAGAUCCUGGCCCGGCCCAGGCAUCGCUUCACCAKCAGCUCUUUGUAUAAGGGUAUGACACUGGUGGCCUGGGAUCCUGCACCGUACUCUGUGGACCUGCCCAGGUGGUACAGGAACCCAGACUAUGACCUGUUCACCCCGUAUGAAGAACGCCGGCGGCUCCAGCCCACACAGCCGUUCUACAUCCUCCACCCCAAGUUCAUCUGGCAGCUGUGGGACGUGAUCCAGGGGAACACCCAGGAGAACAUCCAGCCUAACCCCCCYUCCUCUGGGUUCAUAGGCAUCGUCCUGAUGAUGUCGCUGUGUGAGGAGGUCCAUGUCUAUGAGUACAUCCCCUCUCUGCGUCAGACAGACCUGUGCCACUACCACGAGCACUACUACGACGCCGCCUGCACCCUUGGGGCGUACCAUCCCCUGCUCUUUGAYAAGCAACUGGUCCAGAGGAUGAACAGRGCCACCCAGCACGACCUCAAAACCAAGGGCAAGGUCACGCUCUCGGGGUUCAGCGCGGUCAACUGUGGGCCCUGACCUUUGACCUCCUAUGGCCAUCAAGAGACGGAGCGUGCUGAUACUAAUCAAGCGACUGAAGAGGCUAAGUUGAGUCAGCACUGUUGUCCGUGGGCCAUGAUCUGUCUCUUUGACCUGGACCGCUGUCUGGAAAGUCAGGAAGGAAGUGAAGAGGAGGAGAGUGUUGCCAAUACUAAUCGAUCGUCCUCGAGAACUGCCUUUGUCACAAUGGAUAGUGUCAACAGCUGAAGCUGCUCUGGCCAUCAGGUUCGGAGACCAGAGACUGUCAAGGGUGCUAAACUGAUAGUUGUUUCAACAUUAAAAGAAGUGAAAUAGUUUAAAGGCCGAACUCUGAAGUGCAGAGAAAUGUCUUUGUUUUUCGCCGAGCCUGGAAGAAAAAAAAAAAACAGCCCGUUGCUGCUGGUUAGGAUAGCAAUAGUCAACAUGGUUGAAAGGAGGGGGGCGUUUAGGGCAUGUGGAUGUGAUGUUGUUGUAUUGUGUACCGAAGUAGUCCUUCAGGGAUGUAUUCCUACUGGAGAGAUGGGUCAUCGUUUUAAGGUAUUGUUCUUGUGACACAGUGUUGUACACGAGAGAGGUCAUGGUAUGAARGUGGGAAAGUGAUCUAUAGAUUKAAAUAUUGAACAUCGGUCAAAGGCAUGUUUUUCUGAUUCAACUAAUGAGGUGCAUUUUCAUGUACAGGUCAUGUUUAGAGCAUAGAAAUAGAGAAUUGAAAACAUGCAGUGUAAAAMGUUUACUUGAGAGGGGUAGGGUUUGAAUUUAAACCGUUCAAAAAGCAUGUUGCGUUCCUUUUGAUAAAGAAUAUUGCAGGGAUAGUAGUGUAUGUAGGUCUAUGGGGAAAACAACCACUUUUCACUUUUUUGCAUGAACCAGUCUCACUCAACCUAACCACUGAUCUGUGUGUAUGUGAGUAAGGAACUCAAACUUUCUUAUCAGUGUUCUCGUGUCCUCUGUACGUACGCUAUUUAAAGUUACUGUUCCUCAACGACUAGAUGGUAAAACUGACAGCAGUUACUUUUCCUGGCCUUGAUAUGAUUCUACAGCCACACUGUGUAAAUAGAAUGUAAAUGUGGUUUGUUUGCCGAUUUAGAAGUCUGGUCAAGUGCAAUGCAAUGAAUGUAGCUAUGAAUAGUUUGAGGCACAUUUAUUUAAAAAAAUAAAAUAAAUGUAACCUUUUAUUUAACGAGGCAAGUCGG